AUGGUUACAAUCAACUCAGAAUUAGAACAUUUACCUCAUAUAGAUGAAAAUAUAAGUCCUGAAGAAAGAGCUCAAAUUGAGUACUUAAUAAGACUAGAAUUAGCUAAUCAAUUUAAUAAUAACAUGAAUAAUUUUGCUCAUCAUUUAUCUCCACAACAACAACAAUCACAAUCCUUACAACAAAACCUACAUCACAAUAUAAAUAAUCCACAAACAAAUAUACUACAUCAACAACAACUUCCACAUGCUCAUCCACAACAUGAGUUUAUCAACACAACCGGUAGACUAACUCCACAAUUACAACAACAACAGCAAUAUCUAGAUGUAAAUUUAGAAAAUCUACCAUUACAUCCAAUGGUUGAUAGAUUAAUGACACCAACUAACACGAUACCAUCAAGUAGUUUAUUAGAUAGAAGUAUACAACAUUAUGAAGAAGAAGAAUUAGAAGAUGAUGACGAUAUUGAUGAAGAUGACACUAAUUUUUUACAGAACCGCAACGGGGUUGAUUUAAGUAAAUAUACAAAUUUUAACAUGAAAUCACCAUUAGAAGGAACUACUUCACAGGGAGAUAAUCAACUUGCUCAAAACAAUGAUGGUAUAAACUACAAUAACUUGUAUACAACAUUAGGUCAUGCAACAAUACAACAAAGAAACUUAAAUUUAUUAAUGAACAACAGACAAGAUAUAACCCACUUACAAAAUAAUCAUUUAGUUCAAUUACGUGAAAUAAAUGAAAACUUGAAUCUGAGUUUAAGUAAAAAGAGAAUAAUGAUUGAUGAAACUAAUGAACAAAAUUUAAAAAAACAAAAAUAUUUAAAUGAUCAAACUUCAUUAUUGAACCAACAAUGGAAACAAGGUAUAAAUACUGCUUUAGAAUUAAAAAUUGAAGCUGCUACAACAAGCUCUUCUUCUUCUAAUGCCGGUGUCACUAAUGUUACUUCUACUUCAGCUUCUAUUAUUGAAUUUGAUGAAUAA